AUGAGAGCCUCCAACACGUUAUCGAUAAUCAGACCAGUCACUGGGUCCCUCUCAGGGAAGGUAAAUCUUCCCUGCUUCUUCUCCACCAUCCCGACCUCAGCACCUGUCAUCAGUCCCAAUGGAACAGCCAUGUAUAGCAGAGAUUACUUGCGGAUCAAAUGGACCAAAAUAGAGGGAAAUGUAGAAUCCACAGUGCUGGUGGCACAAAAUGGGGUCAUCAAGAUAGGUUCCAGCUACAGGAACCGUGUGUCAGUGCCCAGUCACCCUGAGGAUGUCGGUGACGCCUCACUGACGAUGGUCAAGCUGCGUGCCAGUGAUGCGGGCACGUAUCGCUGUGAGGUUAUGUAUGGCAUUGAAGACACCCAGGAUACAGUUAACCUAAAUGUCAACGGUGUUGUCUUUCACUACCGGGCAAGCACCAACAGGUACACACUGGACUACCAGAACGCUGUCAGAACCUGCCAAAAUAUUGGAGCCACCAUUGCUACAUACGACCAACUGAAAGCAGCCUAUGAGGAUGGCUUUGACCAAUGUGAUGCCGGCUGGAUUGCUGACCAGACAGUGAGGUACCCAAUUACAAAGCCAAGGAAUGGCUGCUAUGGCAACCUACAGACUAAACCUGGCAUUAGGUCAUAUGGAACCAGGAAACCAACAGAGACCUAUGAUGUAUACUGUUACGUAGAUAAACUUAAUGGUGAAGUGUACUAUGCUCCUGUUAGCCGUAAGAUGACUCUUGAGGAGGCCCGUGAAGAGUGCAAGAAGACGAAUGCGGUUUUGGCAACCCCUGGCCAGCUCCAUGCUGCCUGGCGACAAGGCCUGGACAGAUGCGACUAUGGCUGGCUCUCCGAUGGCAGUGUACGACAUCCUGUUGCAGUACCCAAAUUGCAGUGUGGGGGAGGUCUUCUCGGCGUCAGGACCAUGUAUCGCUACAGGAACCAGACUGGCUUCCCAGAACCAACUAAGAAGCUUGGGGCUUACUGUUUUAAAGGAGUUUACUCAUGUACAGAGGACAUUUGUCUGAAUGGAGGAUCUUGCUACAAAACUGGCAGCAUCCAUACCUGUAGCUGUGCUCCUGGUUACAGUGGUGAUCGCUGUGAGACAGAUAUUGAUGAGUGCCAGUCAAACCCUUGCCGUAAUGGAGGUACAUGUGUUGACGGGAUAGCUUCCUUCACAUGUGUUUGCCUCCCAAGCUACUCUGGGCUGUAUUGUGAGGAGGAUACAGAAGUAUGUGACUAUGGCUGGCAUAAAUUUCAGAGCCACUGCUACAAGUUCUUCCCCCACAGAAGAAACUGGGACACAGCAGAGAGAGAGUGCCGCAUGCAGGGGGCUCAUCUCACCAGCAUCCUCUCCCACGAGGAGCAACAGUUUGUCAAUCGUCUUGGACAGGACUACCAGUGGAUCGGCCUGAAUGAUAAGAUGUUUGACAGCGACUUCCGCUGGACUGACGGCAGCCCUAUGCAAUAUGAAAACUGGAGGCCCAACCAGCCUGACAGCUUCUUCUCAUCUGGCGAGGAUUGUGUAGUGAUGAUCUGGCAUGAGGACGGCCAGUGGAACGACGUUCCUUGCAACUAUCACCUCACUUUCACCUGCAAGAAGGGCACAGUGUCCUGUAGCCAGCCCCCUCUGGUGGAGAAUGCACGAACAUUUGGUAAGAAACGUGAGAGGUACGAGAUCAACUCGCUGGUGAGGUACCAGUGCCGGACAGGCUUUAUUCAGAGGCACGUCCCAACUAUCCGUUGUCGUGGGAAUGGACGAUGGGAUAUCCCUAAAAUCACCUGCAUGAACCCAUCAAGCUAUCAGAGGACCUUUAUCAGAAGACAUCAACACAACAGUCUCUACAGCAUCAACAACUUCCAAAGAUGGCCAGAUGAGGCCAUCCGCUUUCACCAUCAGCGCUUCCGGGGAAGGAGAGACAGGACUGAACAUAAGAAGAAGAGACAGUGAUUGCCGUGUAAUAGGGCACAUCUUACCCGAGACAAGAACACAUGGCUGAUGCUUGUGUAGAAAGAGGAAAAGCAUUCUCACAGGAAAAGCACAAGAGAAAACUCAUCAAAGAAACCAAGAGGACAAUCUGCAGUUUUCUUGCAUUUUGGAUGACGAUGGAAUCUCAUGCAGUGCCUUUUUAAAGAGAUGUUGACACAUGACUUUUCUUAUCAAGGGGCACUGUUUUAUAUCAAUGCCAAUGUGGAUAAAAUACUUUCAGCUGGCUACUGGAAAAAGCAAAAAAAUAUUCUCAUCAUUCUUUUUUAAACUGCGGACGUUUUGUCUUUGUCCUUAGCUUAUCAAACAAUACAACCAUGUGCUAUUUAAAAUCACCAUAAGUGUAUGCAUAGAAAAAAAGCUUUUGUGAGAUUAUAGCGCUUAUGUUAUGUAAAGGAAUCAAUUAUGUCGUCGUGCUGUUUUAAGCUGGACUUCAUUUUAAUGAACAUGCAUACAUAUAUGCAUAUAUAUUUAAGGCUUCAACCUUUAACUAUGUUUAUUCUUUAUCAAGAGGUUUGGCUUCUCAGAACACAAAUGGAAGCAUCAGUGGCAGUGAUUGAUAAUGCAAAGGACUCAUACAUUGGUAGAGUAUUAUUUCACAUGCAUAGAACUAUAAACUUUUAUAAAGACUCUAUCCUCAGUCUUCAAAUCUAAUCAGCAGAGAUACAAAUCAUAUUCUGAAACAUAGUGUCAUAGCUUUGCGAGUGGUAGUUAUUCAGAUUCCAGAUUAAUAAUACACCCAACUCUGGGGAAAUUGCACCAAAUUGCUCAGUUAACUGCUGGAGACCUUCUCUGUGGCGGCAGCUGUCAAAGCACCAAAUUACCACCUUUCAGUAUCUCCAGCCUUCACUGGAUGUCAUUGAUGUCUUGUCAAGAUAAAUUUCUAUUGAUAGAUUUCUAUAGAGAGAUUUUUUUUUUUUUAAACUUACUGAUAUUUCCUUUGAUUCUUUGCGAUUUAUUAUGAGAGAUCAAUCUCUAAGUACCUAUUGACAAAGCCUUUAUCCACUGAUGGAAAUCAAUGUCCAUCAUCUGCUUUAAAAUGAAAGAAGGGAAGUGUGGCUCAAGUAACUUGUAUUUUCUGCUCAUGUGUGUUCAGUGCAUAACUUACAAUUAGUUGCUACAGCAUGUUUACAAUAAUUUUAAUGCUGUUCAUAAUCAUACACCAAAGAGUCUGGCUCUCAUCUGUUGCUGAUGUCUAGCUUACAAUUGGUCUUUUUCUUUUCUUCUGCACACUUUAACUUUUCUGUCAUUGUGGUCAAUUGAAAUCAGCCACUGAGAGAAUGUAUUUUGUGAGACACUCAAAAAGACUUGAACGUAAUGGCUUUUUAGGCAGAAACACGUUGAAUUUAUUUUCGAGCUGCUCUUGAUCUCCUUAGUGACAGGUAAAAUGCGAUGCUGUCACGUAGCCCAGCAGUGCUUUUCAUAUAUUUUUAUUGUACAUUCAACAGGAGACCAGCCACAAUCACAGACUGUCUAAAUGGGAUGCACUGAGGAUGAAACAUUUCCAAACAAUAUGAUGGAUUUAUACGUCUUUUUACAUCUUCAAUGCCAACAGUGGACCAAAGAAUAAGGAGGGCCCCAUCGGCUGCAAUAAUGUUGUUCUGUAAUAUUAACAAAAUAUUUGUACAUGUGGAUGGUUAUGUGUGUCUCCAGCCAUUUUUUUUUAAAUGGAGAAAUGUUUUGUUUUGUCUGCCUGUGAAUGUCUGUGUGUGUGUG